AUGGGGUUUGGCUUUGGCUCGCUUCGCAAGCGGGUGGAGGGGAGCUUGGCUCAAAAACCACACACUACGGGUCCGCCUUCCGUUGCAUCUGUGAAUUCUCAGCCUUCUGAGGAUCAUACUCGAGCGACCGUACCAGCGCCUAUACAAUCCGAUACCUCUGCAACGCUUUUGUCUGCACAGCAUUCCAAUGAGUCUUCUCAAACCACUACCAUAGGGCCCGAGGGAAGUGUCGCAAGUCCUCAUCUCCAAGAUCAGUCAAAUAUUUCGGGAUCUACAUCUAUAUCUACGUCUGUGCCUGUCUCCCAGCAACCCUUAACAGAUGCCCCGCAGCAGUCGGGGUGUUCCGAGGAUUCUCCCAAAGUCCUAGAAAAUGGGUCUGAUUUAUGGCAUCGGGCGUAUAUGAUGCUACAAGAGCAGCAAACAGACCUGGUGAAAGCUUACGAGGAGCACCUGGUCUCUCUACAACAAGACAAUCAAGAUACAAAUGGUACCUCUGGUGAGCGCUCCGUGGAGCACCUUGUAAAGCAGCUGCUGGAAAAUCGAGAAAAGAAGCAAUGGCGAGUGCCACUGCUCAAGAAGGAAGUGAAAAUUCGUGAACAAGUCGAGAAAGUUGCAAGGUUCGCAAUCUGGUUUGACCCAGUUGUCCAAAAGGCAGUCAGCUCUCAGCCAUACGCAGCACUCGCCUGGUCAGGUGCUUCUUUGCUUCUCCCGCUUCUGACAAGUGGCUCCACGGAGACGGAAGCCAUGUUGAAGGGUUUCAACUCGCUCAACAAUGUUCAAUUGUACUGGCAGAUCAGCGAAGACAAUUAUCUCAAGAAGAAAGAUCUCGAACAUGAUAAACUUGAACAGAAAGACGUCAACUACGAACGACUUCUUGAAGGCUUGGUAAAGCUCUACAUGCUCAUCCUUGAAUAUCAGGCGCUGGUCAUAUGUCAUCUCUCAAAGAGGCAGUGGUCGCGCGCUUUGAAUGACAUGUUCAAGUCGACUGAUUGGGCUGCAAAAAUAAAAGAUAUUUCCGAGAUGAGUGAUACCUACAGCAAACUGGUUGAUCUUCAUGAAGCAGAGAGGAUCAGUCAAAUACGGGAUUCCGAAUUGGAAGAGCUGAACCAUUCCCGGCGUAUCCUCGAAGACCUCCGCGAUCUGUUCGAGUCAGCCAGCAAGCAAACACAGGUAAACAAACAAGACAGAGAAGAACGAGCUCUUCUUCAAGAUUUGGCCGGGCCCUGGGGUGACCAUAAAGACUUCAAUCCAAAGAAAGUCGACGGCACGUGCGAGUGGUUCUUCAAAGACGAAAGGUUUCGCUCAUGGCGCGACGCUGGCACCUCCACUAUCCUCUGGGUAUCUGCCAGUCCUGGUUGUGGCAAGUCAGUCUUGUCGCGGGCUCUUCUUGAUGAACAACACCUUUAUAGGAAUGUAACAAGUACUGUUUGUUACUUCUUCUUCAAGGAUGGAACCGAGAGCCGCAUGAAUGCCACUGAUGCUCUAUCUGCCGUUCUUCACCAACUGUUCGAGAAUGACACCGAGGAUGAAUUGAUCAAGCUUGCGCUUCAAAGUCACAGGACAAAUGGUCACAACUUGACCAAAAACCUCUCUGAGCUAUGGAAGAUACUCAUGGAAUGCGUGAAGUCGCCAUUCGCUGGAGAAAUUGUGAUUCUUCUCGAUGCCUUGGAUGAAUGUAGGAGCGAAAGUUGGAAGCCACUGCUGGACAAACUCGUUGACUUCUACUCUGAGCUCCCGUCUGAUCAACCCUCGAAGCUCAAGUUCCUCAUCACCAGUCGCCCAUAUGAUGACAUAGAUUCAAAGUUCAAGGAAUUCCCGAAGAAUUCGUCAUAUCUUGGUUAUGAUGCAGAUGACAAGUCUGACGAAAUUGGCACGGACAUCGACAAAGUCAUUGAUGCAAAGAUGAUGAGCAACGACAAUUUUGUGGAAAGCGAACGUCUUCUGAUUGCUGAAAAAUUGAAGAGCAUGAAGCAACGUACGUACCUCUGGCUACGUCUUACUUUCGACCUUAUUCAAGACAGAUCAAGUUCAGUUGAACAAUGGGCUGAUGUAGAAGCCACUCUUUCCGACAUACCUCAAGAGAUUUCAGGGGCGUACGAAAAGAUCCUCAAUCGGAGCAAGAAUAGAAGACACGCAGAGGCUCUCCUUCUGAUCAUGUUAGCUGCGCAACGUCCUCUGACCCUCACGGAAGCCAACCAAGCCCUCACGCUCGCUGUGAAGUUAAAAGAAUGCGAUUCAUAUACCACACUGGUGUCACGCAGUUGGCAUGAAGCCACAUUCCAGCAAAAGGUGAAAAACCUAUGUGGUCUUUUCAUCAGUGUCUAUGACUCAAAACUGUUCUUCAUUCAUCAGACAGCGAGAGAGUUCCUCAUACAGCGUACGCAACAAGGGAACUGGGGAGGACGAUUGGAGAUGUUGAAUGCACACUUCGAGAUGACUCAUAUCUGUCUACGAUAUCUCUCCUGUCUAGGCGAGGACGAGUUGAAGUUGAUUAAGUGCAGUAAGAAGAUGGCUAGGAGAGCCAAUUCUUCUUUUUUUGUAUAUAACAUCCGUCGUCAUGUGGAAGGAGACUUGGGCAAAAAGCUGCCUCUGGUUUUAUAUUCCGCACGGCAUUGGUUUGAACAUGCAAGACAUUCUGAAAAUGAAAAGGACAUACAGGACAGCAUACUCAACUUUCUCCUCCCUCAAGGACUGCCUUACCUCAUUUGGGGCAAGCUUUUCAAUCCAAGAUGUAUAUGGGGCGAAAUACCAAUCUUGAAUCAAAAGACAAGUCCAUUGUGCAGUGCAUCCUUCGCUGGCCUGUCUCAUAUUGUCAGGCUCUUGUUGCAACAGAACUUCCAUUUGAAUGCAGAAGGUUUAUUUGCCGAUGCUCUUCAGAGUGCUUGUGAAAAUGGACAUGUUAAUGUUGUUCACGUGCUGAUUGAGAAUGGUGCCGAUGUCAAGUGCUCGGGUGAAUAUGCCCUCCAAGCUGCAUCUAUAUAUGGUCACAUUGAUCUUGUGCGACUUCUAAUAGACAAUGGGGCCGAUAUCAAGCGCUCGGCUGAAUUUUCUCUCUAUUCUACAUCUAAAUCUGGUCAUAUUGACAUUGUGCGGCUGCUGAUAGACAAUGGGGCCGAUGUUAAGCGCUGGGCUGAAUCUGCUCUCUAUGCUGCAUCUGGAUCUGGUCAUAUUGAUCUUGUGCAGCUACUAAUAGACAAUGGGGCCGAUGUCAAGCGCUCGGCUGAAUUUUCUCUCUAUUCUACAUCUAAAUCUGGUCAUAUUGACAUUGUGCGGCUGCUGAUAGACAAUGGGGCCGAUGUUAAGCGCUGGGCUGAAUCUGCUCUCUAUGCUGCAUCUGGAUCUGGUCAUAUUGAUCUUGUGCAGCUACUAAUAGACAAUGGGGCCGAUGUCAAGCGCUCGGCUGAAUUUUCUCUCUAUUCUACAUCUAAAUCUGGUCAUAUUGACAUUGUGCGGCUGCUGAUAGACAAUGGGGCCGAUGUUAAGCGCUGGGCUGAAUCUGCUCUCUAUGCUGCAUCUGGAUCUGGUCAUAUUGAUCUUGUGCAGCUACUAAUAGACAAUGGGGCCGAUGUCAAGCGCUGGGGUGGAUCUGCUCUCUUUGCUGCAUCUAGAUAUGGUCAUAUUGAUAUUGUGCAGCUGCUGAUAGACAAUGGGGCUGAUGUUCAAGCGCAAAACUCCUAUGGCGGAUCCGCAAUUGAAGCAGCUGCUCGAUCUUGUCACAUCAAUACCAUGAAAUUCCUUCUAGAGAAUGGGGCUGAUGUCAAUGCACGAGAACCAGCUGGUCUUGUUCCCCUUGCAUCUGCUGGAAGCAAAGAGGCAUUACAGUUCCUACUAGACCACGGUGCACAUGUCAAUUCGACCAAUGGCAGAAUUACGGAUACCAAUGCUCUUUUGCUUGCCUCCCAACGGGGUCAAAAGAACAUUGUGAAGCUACUAUUGGACAAUGGUGCUGAUGUCAAUUCACGGGAUGGCUACCAAAAUGCUGUCUUUACUGCAGUCACUCGCGAUGAUAUCAAAAGCUUGCAGCUAUUGUUUAACAAUGGUGCCAAUUUCGAUCUUCCCAACUAUCUCCCUGAUAGAGAAUUACAUUUUGGUGGUCAACAUGUCUAUAAGAAUGCCCUUGAAGCUGCUUCUUAUCUUGGUCAUGAAGAAAUUGUGCAGUUACUCUUGGAGAGGGGUGCAACUUGGCCAGAGAAUUAUUCCGAUACCAGUGCAAGGGAUAGCUUUGAAGAUGAUACAAGUGUAGAUAGCGAACACUCAUAG